AUGGCUUAUGCCCCCGAGGAGUUUGAACCGGGCGCAAAUCCUAUGAUCCGUGAGCUUUUUAGCUCCGGAAGGGAGCCGCCGCACUGGGAGCCUCUGUACCGCCAGGCCUGCGCUUUUGGUCCUGAAAUUUUCGCACAGCGCAUGGUCACCUUUAUCCGCAACCCCAAUCUGAAUACGACGUGGCUAUUCCGCGGCGACAUUCUCUUUGAUGACAACCCAGGAGACGGGGAAGCAGCGCAGCAGCCGGGGGCGCCAGAAUUGGUUGUCGAGUAUGACGCGGGCUGGCCGGAGCGCCGAGUCGUUGCGGGGAUGACGAGGACAAGGACCAUGGUACGCAAGUUGAUUCCGCGAAAUCAGCUGCGCGAUGCUCCCAUGAAUCAGACGUGCGAAUUUCAUUCAGAUGAUGGAAAGCGAGACACUGCGGCCGCCAGUCCUGGCAAGGUGUCGACGUUGGUCAUUUAUGUUCCGCACGCCCAGUCUGUCGAAACGAUGCCGUUCUAUCACCCCAAAGUCCAAGCGAUCGCGCACCUCCAUGAAUGGGACGCCACCGUGAACCAGGGCGCCGUAUCUGUCCACUUUCAACCAUUUCCUUGCGACAUGCCUCUCAAGGACGAAAAGUUGCGGCGUGUGGGCUAUCACCUCCUCGAAAGGCUCUAUAAGCACGGCCACAGCGAGCUGCGCGGCUACACCAAGCGCGUGCACCACGACGCCGUGAUCCCGCAGCCUCGGUUUCAGGAUCGCUACUCGGCGCUCAAGGACAAGUAUGCGCGGUCUUUGAUGACGUCGUGGGCGGAGAACACGGACCCAAAUAAGCACGUCUUUGAGGAUCUCGGCAUCGCUGCGUUUCUGAUGGAGCUAUGGGCGGACAUGUAUGGAAAAAACGGGGCCAAGUUUCCAGGCUUUGUCGAUAUUGGCUGUGGAAAUGGCCUGCUUGUAUACAUUUUGAAUCAAGAGGGCUAUUCUGGCUGGGGUUUUGAUGCGCGGGCGCGCAAGUCCUGGUCGCAGUACAACACGUCGCCGUGCGCCCCCUCGCCAACCGGCUCAUCACUAGCUGAAAGAUGCUUGAUGCCCAGCGUUGUGCCCAGACCCGAGCACGAAACAGCAAUCGAUGUCAAUCUUAUCCACGAUGGACUGUUCGCAAAGGGCACAUUUAUCAUCUCCAACCACGCAGACGAGCUGACGCCUUGGACGCCCAUCCUAGGUGCCCUCUCCGACUGCCCGUGGAUCUCGAUCCCGUGCUGCAGCCACGAUCUGACGGGCGCCAAGUUUCGCGCGCCGCCGCCGCGGGACAAGACCAAGCCCAAGUCGACGUACGCGUCGCUGGUGGACUGGGUGGCGCAGAUUGCCGAGGACUGCGGCUGGCGCGUCGAGACGGAGAUGCUGCGGAUUCCCAGCACGCGCAACACGGGCCUCUUGGGGCGCACGCGGACAAACACCGGAAGCGAGGUCGAUGUUGCGAGCGUGCUGGCAAAGUACGGCGGCGUCGCGGGGUAUUACUCGAGCAUUGCCAAGCUGGUCAAGACGGGCCCAAGAUCACAUUAG